AUGGUCAGUUUCGUGUGCGAUGGCUGCGGUGACGUUGUGAAAAAGCCUAAGCUUCCUCAACACUUCAAUAGAUGCUAUUCUCCUUUCACGUGUCUUGAUUGUAGUGUGCAAUUCGCUUCGCCAAAAGAAGCGCACAACUCUUGUGUGACUGAAGACGAGAAGUAUCAGAAAAGUUUCUAUAAAAACAAGAAGCGUGUCUCAUCGUCUAGCAAUGCCGGACAGGAAUCUGCACAUCCGAUGAAGCGAACUGCUCAAGAGGCAGUGGGAACUGAAAAAGAUGGUCACAAGCGUUCGAAGUCCGAUGCCAUGCCGGCAAAACAUGAUACCCUUCCCACUGACUCGCAGUCAGCGCUGACAACUACCGAGCUCAAGAAAGCUAUUGCGCAUCUUUCACAAAAGCAAGAUUCAGUUCAUUUUUGCGAUGUUAUCAAGUAUCUAUGUAACGAAAAGCACAUGAAAAAAAAGUCGGUAAAGAAGUUCUUGAUGCGCAAGGUCAUUUUAUCCAUGGAUUUUUCUCAAGAUCGACUUGAUCUGAAGUAA